AAAACUUUAUCUCACAUAAUUUGGCAUACCAGAAUCAAAGAAACAGAGCUGCAGAAGAAAGAGCAAGACGCCCUCUCACAUCAAGCCUGGCGGAAAUCAUCGAAAUCGAUUGAUAUUUAGCGCCAAUAAACCCGACAAAAACAACAAGAGCUGAGCAGACGACCGAUCACAAAAAUGGCAUCCUCUGAUUCUGUGGACGUGGAAGACGAAACUAUUUUGACCGCCGUUUUUAAAGAUUCUUUCCCUGAAUCAUGGCGGGAGAAUCCAGACUUUGCCUUGUACCUGACGGAGCUCAGCUCGUUUGGAGUGGACAAACUAUCUCGCGAGCCAGAGAGGUUGUCAGAUGAAAGGUCACAGGUCCUUCAACAGACUCAAGAGCUAGCAUUCGAUAACUACAAGACAUUCAUUGAAACGGCAGACUGUUCCAGGGAGAUAGUGGAAGAUUUUGCAGUUGUAGAGCAGCACCUGAACCACUUAUUAGACAAAUUACCAGACUUCAGCGAAGGAUGCAACCAGUUCCUGAAGGAAGCACAGCAAAUCAGCUCCAGCCGGAGAAUGAAUUCCUUGACGCUUUCCAAGCACACCCAGCUGUUGGAGAUCCUUGAGAUACCUCAGCUCAUGGAUACCUGCGUCAGGAAUGCUUACUAUGACGAAGCCUUGGAGCUGGCAGCGUAUGUCAAGCGAUUGGAGAAGAAACAUGCUGGCAUUCCGGUUAUAAAGGACAUUGUUGAAGAAGUUCAAUCAUCUAGUCGCCUGAUGUUAAACCAGUUGAUCCAGCAAAUGCGUUCAGCCAUUCAGCUCCCUGCAUGCUUGCGUCUGAUUGGUUACCUGCGUCGCAUGGAUCUCUUCACAGAGGCGGAGCUUAGGAUCAAAUUUCUACAGGCAAGGGACGCAUGGUUCCAGGGCAUACUAGCUGCCAUACCAACAGAUGAGGCUUACCAGCACAUCACGAAGGUGAUAGAAGCGAGCAGAGUCCACCUGUUUGACAUCGUAACACAAUACCGAGCUAUCUUCUCUGAUGAUGAUCCUAUCUUAUCAGCCAGUCAUGACUCUGUUACCAAUGAGGCAGCUCUAUUCCAGGGAUGGGUUGUAGAAAAGGUGUCCCAGUUCCUCCGCACCCUGGAGCUAGACUUAGAGCGCGGCAUCGGGAACCGCUUGGACUCCCUCCUGGGCCAGUGUAUGUACUUUGGGUUGUCGUUCAGUCGAGUAGGAGCAGACUUCAGAGGGCUUCUUGCACCCAUCUUCCAGAGAGCUGCACUGCAUAGCUUUCUAUCAACAUUGAAAUCAGCAUCAGAGAGGUUUGAGCAAGAUAUGCAGUCCUACACACCGGUCGCUUCACAAGCUUUCCUUGCGAUGUCAUCGGUAUCCAUUCCAAGCAAUCAGAGUGAUGGAGCCAACAUUCCACCACCAUCUCUGAUGGAGCAUCCUCCUCUAGCAGCUUACACCAAUAGCAUACUAACAGGACUGAAUGAUCUCAGGCUGUGCGCUCCUGUGGCUGUAGCUCACCAUGUGUCUCAGUCACUACAGCAAUCGCUCAACACCAUAGUCCAUGCUAUUGUUGCCUUUCAUAGAGCGGAGGAGAGUACAUUCAACCAGCGAGAGCAGGAGCAGUUCAUCUCAUUCUGUGAGUCAGCAAGCAACCAGAUGGUCCCUUUCCUCAAUCGAUGUCUGAUCUCAUUGUUUCCACCAUCGAGCAUCGCUCAGACGCUAGGCCUCUCUACCAUUGAACUACAAAAGAUGGGCCAUGUGGGAUCUCUAGACGUUGCAUCGAUCGUGGAGUCAUUACGAUUGCUGAUACCACAGAAGGAGGAACCCGUCAAAGUGGAGGAGAAGGAGGAGGAGAAAGAGGAAAGGGAAGAGUUAAAGAUUGAUAGUAAGAUUCCUGUGAUUCCUGAGGUAGCUGAAGAGCAGGUAGAGCAAAAUGAUGAACUCACCCAAGGAUCCCAAGGAGAGUUAGAGGCAACAACAGACCUGUCUGACGGACCGGAGGCGUCAACAGAGGCAUCCACAGAGGCAUCAUCAGAGGCACCAACAGGGAAAGAGACGGCAGAGGAAGGUCUCAACACAUGAUGCACGAAUGUACAGGAUUAAUGUUUGGACUGGAGAAUUAUGCAAUAGCAUUAUGAUUUGAACAUUCAAACUUGUAAAAAAACUUAAAAGACUAAGGAUCUGAAAAGUAAAAGAUUAAUAAAAUCUUAAUUUUAAUGGAUGCCAAGCUACCUUGGGGGAGGAAAAGCUAAAUCGGCUCAGAAUCGUAGUGACGUCAGACCAGUAGAGUAAGGUCCCAAUGUACAGGAUCAAUGUGCGGACUGGAGAGCUUGGAACUGAGCCUUUAAUAUAUUACCACAGUUUUUCACUUCGGA